AUGUAUGUCCUUCUAACGAUGUUACGCAAGUGUUAUUUUAUGAAAGGAGUGCUUCUUGUCAUUGCCCAGAUUGCUGGCUCCUAUGUUGGAAUACGGUUGAAAGGUUCAAUAGACAAAACUGUUGAAUUAUGUCAAGCAGCCGAUCUUUCCUUCCAAAGACUUGAUUCAAGUCGCUGCUUGACCUUCACUUUGUAUUUCAUUGCAGGAUUUUUGUUGGGUGUGGACGCGAGAUUUGCAAUAAGGGGGAACUCUGGUUACCAGUGGGGAGGAUCUGGUCUUGAGUUAGUCAAUCUCAGUUAUCAAAUAGAUUGGACCAGGCUUGAUACCAAUUUUUUGCUUUACUUUAUAAAAAUCAAUGUGAAAAUGCAAGUAUAA